AUGUCUACCACAAGCUCAACGACUACGAUAGACGACACGACUUCCAGCUCGGAAACAAGCACCACCACCACCUCCUCCUUCUCCACUACGACAGAGGACACAACCACUACCACGACUGAAGAAUCAACGACGGCAACGACAGAAGAAACGACUACGAUGACUUCGUCUGUACCAGCUCCUACGCCACUCUUCAAUGGGAACCUUGAAAGCACACCACCAGACGAACGGCAACUCAACGGCCCUGGGCUACGUGGUGGCUGGGAUCUUGAUGCGUACAGCUGGAUAGACGAUUUCAGCGAAAAUUCUUUGGAACAUGGUAUCCAAAUCAUCGCUACUUAUGCCAACAACUUAUACACAUUCAAACAGGACAACGUCGAUUUGGCGGAGUUCUCCAGCAAUACGCUUUCUCUGUCCUUCUCGUACCAGCAAUAUGAUGGCACUCAUCCUUGUCAGGCCAUUCUCGAUACCUUUGCUUUCGAAGCCUCUGGUACAUCUCGAGUUCCUUGGGUCACUAAAACGAUAGAUUUCAUACCAGUCAGUGAAAGUGGUACCUUGCAAUGGGACAUAAUAUGUGAUAGCUUCAUUGUUGUUUUCUGGGACAAUAUCGCCAUCACAGAGGCAACCCUAUCCGGUCCUACACGAUUCUUCAACGGAGACUUCGAAGAUACGCCGAUCGAGGAACGAGCAGUCCUAGGUCCCGGCCUUCGCGGCGGCUGGUCCAUAGGCGAACAGACUGGGAUUUUCCGCCCUGACCCCGUCACCCUAGUCCACGGCCAGUGUGCUCUCGUCACAUUAGAUCAACCUCAAAGCACCUUUGAACGCUACAACGUCGACCUCUCCGGAUAUGCAGCGAAUAGUCUGAUCCUCUCAUACUCGUAUUACCAACAAUUCUAUCCGAUUUCUUGUAAUGUCAACGUCAAGUUCUUCGACACAGCUAUUGACACAUUCACGAUGCCUUCCAACAUUGGGGUGUGGGUUGACAGGUGGAUACCAUUCACACCCGCAGGCUCGAGUGGGACUCUGAGAUUUGAAGUGGCUUGUGACGGUCCUGGUGCACGUAUUUGGUGGGACAAUAUUGGCAUCAGGGGGAAUACUGUGGCAUGA